GUCACCCCAUUCCGCUCCAUAUAGACUCCCAUCAGGUAGUGGCCGCUGGCUUGUCUCCGUCCUGGGGAAGCUUCUGAGACCCGAGGACUCUCAAGCAGUGGUCACAACGGAGUUCCCAAGAGGGACGCGGAGCGUUGGGACCCGAGGACCCUCCAAGUGCUGACCCUGGGAGGCCAGACCAGGGGCAAAAGUCUCGUGGGCCUCAGGAGCGUCAUUCAGCAGUUCCGGGAGGCCCAGGAAGCCCACGGCCUGGCUUGGGCACCGUCACCGCCGCCAGGCCACCAUGGUCCUCGGCUGGCUGCUGCUUCUGGCAAUGGCUCUGCCCCCGGGCACCACAGGCGCCAAGGACUGUGUGUUCUGUGAGCUGACCGAUUCCAAGCAGUGUCCCGGCAUCCACAUGCAGUGUGGCGACGAUGAGGACUGCUUCACAGGCCAUGGGGUGGCUCCAGGCCUCGGCCCUAUCAUCAACAAAGGUUGCCUGCUGUCCACUUCUUGCGGCCACGAGGAGCCGGUCACCUACAUGGGUGUCACCUACACGCUUACCACCACGUGCUGCUACGGCCACAUGUGUAACAGGGCCCCCAGUCCCGCCAGAUGGGAGGGGCGGGCCGCCGGCCUGGCGCUGGGUGUGCUGCUGCUGCUGCUGCUUCCACGUUUGCUGUGACCAACCUGAAGGGCAGGACCUGGGACUGGUGUCCCGGCUCCGCUGCUCCCCGAGCCCCCCGCCUCCACCCCUUCUCCCCAUUAAAUGGCCAGAGGCCCUGGACAACCUCUUGUGGCCCCGGCUUCAUCCAUUCUAGGGCUGUCCACCCGGAGCCCAGUGCUCGGCGAAGCAUCCUCAGGCCUUAUUCAGUGGUGGGGAGCCAUGCUUGGUGGGUUUGGCUGUACCCCUACUGUAUUUCAUUGGUUCUAAGACGCGUAUCUUUUCACAUUUCGAUCAGGAUGCUUCUUUUCAUUGGUGGCACCUCAGAGUCGAUGAAAUAUGGUUAAAACGAACAAUGACAAUAAUAAAUGACAGCUGAUGUUUA